AUGAGGAUAUGUAAACAGAUAGAUCCAGUGAUUGAUAUAGUUAUAGUUGGUUUUGGUAAUAGAAGUAAAAGGCUUAUUGAUUUGUUUUUGCAAAAAAAUGAAUUAAAAGGUGUUAAUAUCAUUAUAAUUUGCAAAGAUAAUUUUGUAUUUCUAAAUAAAUAUGUACAGUGUGUUGAGUUAUGCAUAGAUAGUUAUAUUGAUAUAUAUAAAUAUUGCAAAGAAAGAAAUAUACUUUUUAUUAAUGAAAAAGUUAAGCAUAUUGAUUCACAUGAGAAAAGUAUUUAUUUUACUUCUGAUCGUAAUAAUUUAAAGUAUGAUUUUUUAUUAUGUGAUUUUGAUUAUAAAAGUUCUUAUUUAUUAAAUAGUGACUUUACCCAUAUGAAUAUAUAUCCAUUCAGGAAUAAAAAUUUAUUUUUCUAUUAUACUCAUAUUAUGUAUUUGUCUUUAAUUAAAUCACAAAAAAACAAAAUAACUGAUAUAGAUUUAUAUUAUAAAUGGAAGAGUUUCUUUUUAAAAAAUAUAAUUGUUGAAAAAUUUUAUAAUUUUUACUCAUAUAGUGAUAGAUAUGUGGAUAUAAUUUUUGAUAUAUAUAGGUUUUUUAAUGUAAGCUCGAGUGACAAAAAAAGUAAUGAAAUAGAAAAUAAUAUUUUUCGUUGCUUAAAAGAGAAUUCAUUGAUUGAUGAUAUUAUAAAAAAUGACGAUACAAAUGCUUUAAAAAAAGAAAAUCAUAAAAGCAAGAAUUGCUUUAAUUUAAUAUUACUAAGUGAUAAUAAUGAUUUAGGAAAGGAUCUAUAUCAUGAAGUUUUUGAAAAUUUACAUAAAAUAUCAAUAUCUUCUAAAAUUGUAUAUGUUUAUAUAAAUGAUACGGAUAUAAACAAUAUUAAAUUUUGUGAAAAUUAUUUAAUAAUUAAUAAAGUAAUAGAAGUAAAUAAAAUAAGCGAUGAAAAAGUAUUAAAAUGCUUAGAUAAGAAUGGAGAAAUUAUCACAAUUAAUUUUGAUGAAUGUAUUAAUAUAACUGACUUACAUUAUCCAUCUUACUUUUAUAAAUCUAAUUACAAAAUAGAAAGUAAUAAGUCCAUUAACAAAUUUUGUCAAUAUGAGAAUAAUGAUAGUUUAUAUUUUUUAAAUCAAAUAAAGAAUUACGAUGAUCACACAAUAUGUGAGACUAUUUAUUUAAAUAUAUAUAAUAAUAUUCAUAAAAAUAAAUGUAUUAGUAUAGAAGAAGUAAAAAAAAAGAAAUAUAUAAAUACAAAACAUUUCUGUAAUUCAAUGAAUUAUUCAAAAAAUAUGUUUAAUCAUAUAUUAAAAUAUUUUUAUUAUAAAGCAUUAUAUAUUAUAAGGACGGUAUUUCAAUAUAUAUGUAAUAAUAAAUUUAUAGAAAAAAAAGUACAAAUGUUAAGUAAUAAAAGAAAGGCAUUGGAAUAUUAUAUAAGAAACAACAAAAAAAAAAAUUAUAAAGAUUUUUCUGUUCAUUUAUUUAUAAAUGUAAUUUUAUUUAUAUAUAAUAAGGUUUUGAUUUAUUUUCUUCUUUUUAAAAAUAAAUUUGUUGAUAAAAAUGAACACGAAACUUAUUUAAAAAAAAAUAACAAUACAAGUAACAACAAUAGUAACACAAAUGAAUUACCAAAAUAUAUGUAUGACUUAUAUAAAAAUGAAUAUGAAAAUAGAUUGAUUAUUAAAAAGAAAACUUCAUAUAAAAUCAUUAAAAAAAAAAACAAUGCAGAUGAUAGUUCUGAUGAAAGCAUAAUUAUAGAAAAUAAUAAUAUAGAAGAUAAAAAUGUAAUGAGUUCAUUAAGCACUAAAAAAGUACAUUUGCAUAUAAAAGAAAGUAUUGAAAAAAUAAUUAAUAGGAACACAUGUGGAGGAUGUGGAUCAAAAGUUCCUUCAAAUAUUUUGUCAAAUUCUUUGAAAUCUUUAGAUAUUUUUAAUUCACCGAAUGUUUAUUUAGGAGUGGAAGGUUGUGAUGAUUGUUGCAUAUUUGUUCACAGUAAAUCAAAAAGGGGAGAGUUCAGCCCUGCUCUAGUUCAAACUAUCGAUUUUUUUAAAUCCUUUAUAGAUGACGAAUAUAUAUUGGGAGAAAUAAUAGCUAUACAUUGUUUAUCUGAUAUAUAUAGUAUGGGGGGAACAGGUAUUUGUGCUUUAUGUGUUUUAAUUGUAAAAGAUAAUAUAGAAAAGAAGUUACAACAAAGACUUGAAAAUAUUUUAACAGGAUGUUGCCAAAAGUUAAAAGAAGAAAAAUGUGUAUUAAGUGGAGGUCAUACAUGUGCAGGAAAUGAAAAUUACGUUGGUUUAGCGGUUACAGGAAAAAUAAAAAGAAAUAUGAAUAAAAAAAAUGAUUACACUGAUUAUAAUGAAAAUAAAAAUGGUAAAACUCAAGGAAUAAACAACAUAUGUCAUAAUAGUAAUGAUAAUAUAAGUAAUAAUGAAGGUACAUGCGAUAUAAAUGAGGACAUCAAUAUAUUUAAAAAACAUAAAAUGUUAGAGAAUAAUUACUUAUUUUUACCUAAAGGAAAUAGAAAUGUAAAAAGUGGAGAUAUCAUAAUUACAACGAAAAUGUUUGGAUUUGGUUUUAUUAUGGCUGCUCAUAUAUAUAAAAAAGCAAAAGCUAGAUGGAUUUAUAAUUGUCUUGAUGAAAUGUUAAUAUCAAAUAGAAAAAGUGGAUUAUAUUUUUUAAAGAAUAAUAUAAAAGCAUGUACAGAUAUAACUGGAUUUGGUAUAUUGGGGCAUUUAAACGAGAUGAUUAAAUGUUCAAGAAAAGAAUUUUAUUUACAUAAUAAAAUAGGUAAUAAAUUGAAUACAUAUUUUUCCAACGAUGAAGUAUCAAAUAUAGAUUAUGAACAUCAAAUGAAUGAUAAUUUUAUGGAAAAUAAUAAAAAUAACAUGUAUCUAAAUUUCAUUGGUGCAAAAAUAAACCUAAAUAAUAUAAAUAUAGCUGAGGGAGUAAAGGAAUGUAUUGAAAACAAUAUAUACUCUUCAAUGUUUAAAAAAAAUCAUUAUUUAUGUAAUAGUAUAAUAAAUUUAGAUAAAGCUUUAUUAAAUAGCAAUUACGGAAUUUUAUUUGAUCCUCAAACAAGUGGAGGUCUAAUGGCUAUUGUUGACAGAAAUUGUGCGAAUCAAAUUUUACAAGAUUUAAAAAAUAUGGGUUAUAAAAAUUCUUCAAUUAUAGGAGAAAUAAUAAAUGUGCAGUAUGAAAAAUUUAAAAACAUUUCCUUAAAUCAAAUAUCGUUAAAUGACUAUUUAGAUACAACUAACUCUAUAUAUAUUGAAUGCUAA